ACAGGCGUGGGUUUUUAAAUUUUUACAGAGAAAAAAAGAAAUUGAACCUCUCUGAUAUAAGUUAUACAGUUACAGGAAUAAUGGUGAGGAACUAUGUUAGAAAGAGUAGCAGACAGUCGUGGGAUGAAGUGGCUAUGAGAGACGCACUGAAUUCAAUAAAAAAUGGGUUAGGCCUGAAAAAAGACAGUUUGCAGUUUAAUGUCCCUAAAACCACCCUUCGUCGACGAUACAAAGGUCUCAACAAAUGCGCAAAAGGAUCUACAAAAAUAUUGGGACAUUUCACAACAACGUUUUCUGCUGAUAUGGAACAAGACCUCGUUGAGUACAUAAUAAAAAUGGAGUCUAUGAUGUUUGGACUCUCAACCUCAGAUGUAAGAAACCUUGCAUUUCAACGAGCUGAUCGAAAUGGAUUAAAAAAUUAUUUCAAUAAAGAAAAACAGAAAGCAGGGAGGGACUGGCUGUACUGUUUUAUGAAGCGACAUCCGGAAUUGUAGUUGAGACAGCCAGAAGCAACUUCAGCAGCUCGGGCCAUGUCCUUUAAUCGAGUUAAUGUGAACAAAUUUUUUGAUCUUCUGGAGCCACUAAUGGAAAAAUAUAAAUUUCCACCAAACAAUAUUUAUAACGUGGAUGAAACGGGUAUAACAACCGUUCAAAGCAAACCGUCAAAUAUCCUUGCCCAAACAGGGAGGCGACAAGUUGGUAGCUUGGUCUCAGCUGAACGUGGGACACUUGUCACUGUUGAAAUUUGCAUGAGUGUAACUGGGGCCUUUAUUCCGCCUAUGUUUAUUUUCCCAAGGGUUAGAAUGAAAAUUGAACUGAUGAAUGGUUCUCCACCAGGAUCAAUUUAUGCAUGUCAUAAAAGCGGUUAGAUGCAAAUGGACUUGUUUGUUUCAUGGUUUAAGCAUUUUGUGAAGUCAUCAGGUGCAUCUAAAGAUAACCCUGUUUUGUUAAUAUUAGAUGGGCAUGCCACACAUACCAAGAAUUUAGAGGUCAUUGAUCUAGCACGGGAAAAUGGGGUAGUAUUACUAUGUUUACCUCCUCACUGCUCACAUAGAAUGCAACCACUAGAUGUGAGUUUUAUGAAACCUUUAUCGACCUACUAUGACCAAGAACUUGAAAAAUGGUUACGAAAUAAUACAGGUAGAGUUGUGACAACCUUUCAAAUUGCUGAACUUUUUGGUAAAGAAUAUAUGAAAUCAGCUACGGCCUUAACUGCAGCCAAUGGAUUUCGCAGAACCGGAAUAUAUCCUACCGAUAGAGAUGCGUUUUUACCACAUGAAUUUGCUGCAGCUGAUGCAACUGACAGCUUGCCCAGAACACCUUGCAACGUCCUCCAAUGGAGACAAAAAUCAAGCUAUGUGCAAAGAGCAACAUACUACACACACACACUGUUAUCAGCAUCUCAGUCUAGACCUGAUGCACCGACAGAGCCUACCUCACUGGUAGCGGCAUUACCUUCAGCCUUAACUACUGUACAAGAUGAGCCUAUGGCAGUGGUACCAACAUCUGCUCUAACACCAACAACGUCAAUAGAUAUCGUACCUGAACUAACUCAGCCAGUGGUAUCUACUUCCAGUUGUGCCCUACCCAUGGAAAUAGUACCUCAAGCAACACCCUCUACCUCGACAUCAGCCAUACCCCAGCUUAAUGCAGUGAAAGCAAUGUAUCGGCCAACAGCUCUUUCAAAUGAUUCAAUUUCAUACAUAUCACCUUUUGAAAUUUCUCCACCUCCAAAAGCAACCAGAACUAACCGAAAACCAAAUGUAAGACGGGGUACAACAGUCAUUCUCACAAGUAGCCCAUACAUAGCGACACUUAUUGAAUCAAAGAAGCUAACCUCUACGAAAACAACAAGCAACACCUUGACCUCGAAAAAAACUAAUUUGAUGAAAAACACCACUAAGCGUUCUGUUAAAACCACUCCCAAAACAACAUUCGGCCUACCAAAAAAGUGCAAGACGUCUACUCCGGUAUAUAAUCAUUCAUCAGAUGAUGAGGCAAAUGAUGCAGAGUGCAUUUACUGCAAUGAAUGGUGGAGCAGAAGCAAACAGGAUGGUAUGAUACAGUGUGGAAAGUGCAUGAAGUGGUCUCACCCAGCGUGUGCUGGUAUUGAUGAAAAUGAUGACGACGUCAGCUUUACAUGUGACUUUUGCCUUUGAGAAGCUGUUUGUGUUAGACAACUGUGUUUGGAUUGUUCUAGUUUCUUAGUUUUGAACCUUAAAUACAGUUAUGAUGAUAUGUAGCCUAACGAUGUUUUUUUUUCUCAAGAAAUCAUCUAUGGGGGCAAUAUGGAACCUUGGUUGCCAUUUUACCCCAACUAUGGGGCAAAAUGGUUUCUCACUCGCAAAUUUUGUUUGUUAAAUAUUUGUUUUUGGUUUAGAUUUAGGCAUACAAUGCCUAUACCUACUUAAAUACUUGAACUGCAUAAACGUAUAUCACACUU